AUGAUGAAGAAAGAGAAACCUAUGGACCGUGGUCUGCAACGGCAGCACUCGGCCGCGCCUCCGCGUCGCCGCGCCCCAUCUAACUACCAGACGGUGGAAGACGUGGCGGCUGAGCGCGGUGUGAGCAUCAGUCGCCCUACCAUGGACAAAUAUCCACAGACGCAUCAGCCCAUCGCAGCGCUCACGUCUUCCGGGCCCACCCGCCCGCCUCGGCCGGGAGCGGGCUCGUUCGAGCUGCUUCAAGCCAAAUUUGGCUUCCAGGAGGGCAAUGUUCGUAACCAAAAGGAACAUUUUGAGUGCUGGGUACUCAACUACGAGUCCAGGAUCCUCGAGGCCGCCGUGACCCCCAUGGACACGGAGAACGCCAUCGAGACGAUCCACGCCAAGUUCUUCCGGAACUACAUCAAGUGGUGUCAAUUCCUGCGCACUCAGCCAUAUCUACUUGAAACGGCGCCGUAUCCCGGAGCGGCGGAGCGCCAGAUCGCGCUGUUCCUGCUCAUCUGGGGAGAAAGCGCCAACUUGCGCUUCAUGCCCGAAUGCCUUUGCUUCCUGUACCAUAAAAUGGCUGCGAAAUUAGAUGGCAUCGAGAAACUGCCCAAUGCACCGGAAGGGACGUUUCUGCGUCGUAUUGUGCGCCCACUGUACUCGGUUGUGGCGAAGAUGCGUGACGUGACGCCGCAGAAGAACGGCGCGGGUGUGGACCAUAAGAACGUGACCAACUACGACGAUGUGAACGAGUUCUUCUGGAGAGACACAUGUCUCCACUUUGACGAGUUCAACGUGGCCGAAGCGGUCAAUGUACGUGACUUCAAGACGUUCAAGGAGCGCCGCAGCUUCUGCAACCCGAUCCUGGCCUUCUUCCGCAUCUACUUUUUCCUCUUUGUGAUGCUGCAUAUCCUGGUAGUCAUCGCCUAUGUGGCGUAUCGCUCGGACCCUGACGACACGGACGGACUCAAGUUUUACUCGAACUUCUUCACGUCCGACAUCGAGGACAUCCGGAACCAUUCCUUCUACUCCAUCUUUAUCACAAUUAGUGGCAUGUUGGCUCUCAAGGUCGUGCUGGACGUCUGGAUUGAUGGCACACGCAUCUUCAGCCGCAUCAUGUACGCCGUGUCGGUGUUUGUCCGACUUGUGUGGCACACAGUGUUCUUUGGCCUCUUCACGGCGGUAAACGCAGCUCCAUACAAGACAAUGGGAUCAGAUAACUUGCUCUCGAUGGGCCCAAUGCUCAUCGGUGUGUACAUCGCGCCGAUCGUGGUCGUUUCCAUUGUGCAGAUGGUCUUCCGUGGAGUUAUCUGGAGGUCAGCCUUGCUGAGCUCAAUGGACGGAACGCGUGAGCAGUAUAUUGGCCGCACGAUGGGCCAGAGCUGGGGAGAUUUCCUGUGCUACGGGACGUUCUGGACCGUCAUUUUCGUCUGCAAGUUCAUGUUCAACUUGCAACUUAUGGUGAAGCCUCUGAUUGGCCCAAGUGUGGAAAUCUACGAUGUGGAUGUCUCCGCUGCUCAGCUGGAGAAUGGGAUUAUCGAGUCGGACCACAAUAUUGCGUUCCUGGCGGCUAUGUGGGCGCCUGUGGUGCUUGUGUACAUGUACGACUCCCAGAUUUGGCUGGCUAUUGCGCAGGCUAUCGUGGGCGCCUGGAUCGGUUUCCGUCUUAAAAUUGGUCACUCAGCUCGCAUUAACGAGUUUGUCAAGCGUCUGCAACAGGCUCCAAAUCUGUUCGAUGAGAAGGUGGUCUCAGCCGCCGCACGCGGUCAGCUGGCUUUCAAUAACAACCCGUUGUCGUCCAGCUCUGUUGCCCCCGAUGCUAACAGCCGUCUGCGCUUUGCAGUAGUGUGGAACGAAGUAGUGAGCAGCUUCCGCUUGUCUGAUCUACUGGACGACCGUGAGACUGCCAUCCUUCAGUACCAGAUCUCGGACACUGGAGCCGUCGAAGAGCCUGUGUUUUUGAUCGCUGGCGAGGCUCAAGCGGCAGCUGAUAUUGCUGCUAGAGCUAAGACUAAGCGUAUGAGUGACGGUCAGCUGUUCAAGGACCUAAAGAAGGCCGGGGUGCUGGGAUGCGCUAACAACUGCGUCGACAUUGUAUUCCAGAUCUUGCGACAGCUUUUGGGUCCGCAGGACACUGAACUGAUUGGUGUGUUCCACCAGAUCUUGGCUGGAGGCAGAGUAAGUGGCGUCGUGAACCUUACACACAUCGGAUUGGUGCGCGAAAAUAUCGUCGACUUGCUUGCGAGCAUCCUGGACUUGCCGGAACCGACGGUUGGGCCCACAGGUGCCGCGUUUGGCUUCCCGCAUGACCAGGUUUUAGUUGUCGUGCAGCGUGUAGAUGCUCUGUUGAAGAGUAUUGAGCUCAUGCUGGAGGAAGAGUGGAUGGCGGAGAAGCUGCGGAAGUCUGCAUUCGCCAAGAUGACGCCCGACCUCGCGUAUCAGAAGGAGCAAUUGCUGUCGAUCUUUGCCGACCGUAUCAGUCAGCGCGACUCGAAUUCACCUACACGCACGACCUCUCCGAGCUCGAACGAGAGUGUGGUGUCGCUCUCCACGCGUCUCUUUUUCCUGUUGACUCUGGAUGCUGCUGAUGCACUACCACGUUGCCAUGAAGCUCAGCGUCGCAUGAGUUUCUUCCUGAAUUCUCUGCACAUGAAGAUCCCGACGAUCGACUCCAUUGCUGCGAUGAAAUCGUUUUCUGUGGUUACGCCGUACUACAACGAAACUGUGCUGUUCUCAGUGGAUGAGCUGAACGGACGUGUGGACUCGAACCCGCUUUUCCGCAAGGUGGAGCAGAAGGGACGCGACCUGAGCAUUCUGAAGUAUCUAAUUACGUUCCACGACGAUGAAUGGGGCAACUUUCUUGAGCGUGUGGGUGUAGCCUCGAUGGACGAGGCUCUGGCUGAGACGCCUACGCAGGUUCGUCUCUGGGCGUCGAUGCGUGGACAGACUUUGGCUCGUACCGUGCAUGGUAUGAUGAUGUACGAGGAUGCAUUGAAGAUGCUACGUUGGCUGGAGAUUGGCUCAGACGAGAACAUCUCCCACUUGGAGAAGAUCAAGCACAUGGAUCGCAUCGCUGGCUUGAAGUUCUCGUACGUGACGAGCUGUCAGAUUUACGCUGACCAACUUGCGGCUGGAGACUCGCGUGCUGCAGAUAUCGACUUGCUGAUGCGCAAGUACCCGAAUUGGCGUGUGAGCUAUGUCGAUACGAUCCGCCCACCUUCUGGCAGUGGCACGGAACCUCGCUUUGACUGUGUCCUGGUCAAGUCGGAUGGCGACGAGAUUGUUGAAGUGUAUCGUUAUGAACUACCCGGCAACCCUAUGGUUGGUGAGGGUAAACCUGAGAACCAGAACGUCGCCCUGCCAUUCACGCGUGGUGAGUACGUGCAGACGAUUGAUAUGAACCAGGAGCACUACUUUGAGGAAGCGCUUAAGAUCCCCAACUUCCUGGCUACAGCUACGCAGAAUGGACAGAACGUUACCGUUAUUGGGAUGAAGGAGCACAUUUUCACUGGCCGAGCGUCGUCUCUGGCGCACUUCAUGACGCUUCAAGAGCUGGUGUUCGUGAGUUUGACCCAGCGUGUACUGGCGAACCCUCUGCAGAGUCGUAUGCACUACGGUCACCCUGAUGUGUUCGAGAAGUCGUUUGUGAUGUCCAAUGGAGGCGUGUCGAAGGCUAGCAAGGGUAUCAAUCUGUCGGAGGAUGUGUUUGCCGGUUAUAACGUGGCACUUCGCGGUGAGAAGGUCACACAUCAGGAGUUCAUGCAGUGCGGUAAAGGUCGUGAUGUGACGUUGAGUCAGAUUAACGCUUUCGAGGCCAAGCUGUCGAAUGGUAGCGCUGAGAGCUCGCUGAGUCGCGAGUCUCACCGAAUGGGUGCUGGUAUGGAUUUCUUCCGCUUGAACUCGAUGUUCUACGGCCACAUGGGCUUCUACAUCUGUAACGCUUUGGUGGUGCUGUGUGUGUUCGCGUAUGGGUACGGCAAAGUGUACAUCGUGCUGCACCAAGAGAUCGAGGAGUCGGCCAUUAUCACGACGAGCUACCUCGAUGAUCUCGCCGAGGUGAUGAACACGCAGUUUAUCUUCCAGUUUGGUAUGCUGAUGACUAUUCCGCUGAUCGCGACGCUGUUUGUGGAGUACGGUUGGCACCAGGCCGUGGUGAAUUUUGUGGAGCUCAUCGUGACGCUAGGUCCAGUGUUUUAUAUCUUUGAGACGGGCACGAAGUCGCACUUUUACGAUGUUGCCAUCAUGCGUGGUGGCUCUAAGUAUCGUGGUACCGGUCGUGGCUUUGCUAUUGUUCGUGAAACGAUGGUGAAUUUCUACAAGGAGUACGCUGCGUCGCACUACCGCAAGGCUGUCGAGCUUAUGGGGUUGAUGAUCAUCUUUGGAACAUACGGUAACUUCAAUAUCGGUACCAAUGUGCUGGCAGAGUACUGUGCCACUGCAGACUUCGAUUGCGACACUGAUCCCGACCAGAUUCCAUCGAACGUCACGCUGCUGAACUCGUACAGCUCCAAGGGCCAGGACUACGGCAUCGCUUCGUUCGCUGUGUGGUUGCUCGGCACGUGUUGGCUGCUUGCGCCAUUCCUGUUCAACACGGACGGGCUGGACUUUUCCAAGACUCGAGUAGACAUCACGUACUGGCUUUCCUGGCUCAUGUCUGUGCGAGAAGAAGAGGAGGAGGAAAGAUUGCUGCCAAACCACAUGAGCAGCAGUCCCUCUGGACCGAUAGACACAUGGAAUGACUUCUACAACUACGAGGCCAGCCUCAUGUACCCAAUUGGCCCCAUGAGUCGCUUCGUCUACGCUGUCCGUGAGUUUCGUCACCCUCUGGUCAUGUACUACAUCUUUAUCUUUUCCUUCAGCUUGAGUGAUAUCGGAAUGCUGUUGGCAUGCGUUGGUGCUAUUGCCAUCGUGCUUUGGAUCGGUGGCUUUGGCCUGGGGAUGUGCUUGCGCAACAAGGCUCGUGUUCCGCGUGCUAUGAUGUACGUGCUGAUGGUAGUGAUCAUCGGAUUGGCUCCCUUUAUCGUGGGUCCUAUGCAAGAUUGGGACGGCAUCAAGUGUUUCUCGCUGACGGUGGCUAUUUUCACGGGACUAUUCUCGCUAUUGCACUACCUGCAACUUCUUCACGGGUUGUUUGGCUUGCCUGUGGCCAAGUGGGGACUUGUGCGUGAACUUGCCUUCUUCUUUGAUGUGGUCGUGGGUCUAUUUCUCGCGAUCCCGCUCCUGGUGCUGUCAGCUUUCCCGUUUAUGAAGACAAUCCAGACGCGUAUGAUGUAUAACGGUGGCUUCUCACGUGCGCUGAGCUCUGGCAGUGAGUUUGCGGCUUCGUUGAGUGUGGUUGUGGGCGGUCUGGGUGGCUUCACGUACGGCUGGUUGACGUGCCUCAUCUUCUCGCUGGGAUUCGUCAACUCGUCCUCUGACAAUUUCGUAAACCAGUCGUUUAUUUACUACAACAACGAGACUCUGGACCGCGCGUUGGAUCUGACCAUGAUCAAAGUGUACGCUGCUGCAGCCGGUGCUGUCGGUGCCAUCUUGAGCGGAGUACUGGCCCACGUCAUUGGUCGUCGCUGGACGAUCGAAGUGUCGUGUCUGGUGACGUUCGCUGGCUGUGCUGUGGUGUGGAUGGAGUCAAGCUCGAUGGCGCUGAUCGGGAUCUGUCUAGCAUCGGCAGGCAUCGCUAUGCUCUCGCUCGUGUGUCCUUUGUACAACUUCGAGAUCUGUAUGCAGGGCUGGAAGGGUAAGGGUGUGCUGAUAUUCCUCAGUAGUGCUGCGCUGGGCUACAUGAUCGAAGCCGUGCUCAUUAACGACAUCAACGCCACGUCCAUGUCGGAGAACUGGGGCAACUCGCCGUACCAUGACUGGCAGUGGCAGUUUAUCUUUGGUAUCAUUCCGCUCGUGCUGCUUGUUCCCGUCAUGUUCUUCCUUCCGGAGAGUCACUACUGGGAGUACCGGCGUAGAAACGACACCAAGGUGGCUGAAGCAGCGUUGACGCGUCUACGUCAACGUCAUGAUGUGAUUGAGGAGGUCAGUGAAUUGAAGGACUCAUUCGUGGUCAAGAGCGGACGUGUGAACGUGCCGUUCCGUAUCGUGCUGGUGAUCGUCUUACAGGCGACGUUCGCAAUCUUCACGUCCGGUGCGUUGCUGCACCGUGUGCUCGUGCAACCGACCCCUUCACAGGCUGGUGCGCAGACGUCAAAGUGGCUGAUCUACUACGGCAUCAUGACGUUCAUCGGCGCUGUAAUGAGUUUGCUCACAGUGGACAAUCUACGUCGCAAGACCAUCUUCAAGGACGUUCUUCCAUUCUCCGCAGCCCUAUCAAUCGCCUGUGGCGCCAUGGGACUCGCCGACCAAGAAGACAGUGUCAUAACUCAGAUCUUGGUGUUCGUAGCCUUCGUCAGUGGAGCGCUGAGUCUCACGUGCGGCACAUGGCUCACUGCGAUCGAAGUGUUCCCUCCGUACCAGAACGGACGAUACAUCGUCAUGUCCUUCGUCGUGUACUACGCUGUCCAGGCCGCGAUCUACGUGGUGGAACCGUCGUUCGCUAUCAGCCACUUGAUCUUCGCCGGCCUGUGUCUUCUGCUCACGGUCUUCAUGUUCGUGGUGUGCGCCAGCUCCAAGUACGGCGCUAUCGAACUCAAGAGCGAGAAGAAGAUGCGGAAGGACGCCGAGGCAGCUCAUAACAGACCGUCCUUCGCCGCUCGUGUGUCUCGAUCGCAGAGCUUCCUGCGCUCACGCUCCAACGUACGUCGCUCGUCGUCGCACUACUCAGCAGCGGCACUGACCCCACAGGAGGGAAGCUACUCGAACUUUGAGUCUCCUGCGGGGCUCAACGUCAACGGCGGCACUCGUCGGACACUCAACGGCUCGCAAGCAUUGUAG